AUGCGCGUGACAGGGUCUAUGGCGAGCAGCGAGCAGCUGUUACCUUCCUCUGCAUCCAACCGGCCCCUCGAUCAACCCUCCUCACACACCCCGACGCUACCGGUGCCACACCUCUUGCCCAAACCGAGAUACCAUGAGAUUUACGACUUCAUCCAGGGACUUCACGACGGCAAAGAAUCGGUCAAGUACGGGGAUCAUAAGUUCGCCGUCGCAGUUCGACGUCGAGACUGGCCUUCACUGGAGAAUGAGCUGUUCGAACCAGGAGUGGAGAGCAAGAACCUGAACCGGGACACUGCUGGUUGGGCAGGCGACAAAGUCUACUACAACUACGAUGACCGCACAAGAUCUCUUACCAUCAAAAUGCGCGGUUACGCGGUUUACGAGUUGGUCAAGGGAAACCUUGGUUCCCGGCUGUGUGAGAAAUUGGACGGUGUGAAGAAAGACGUGGAACUGGGUGUAAGCAUACUUGAUCCAGAUUAUAGAACGCUCGCAUGCUCGAUCCUCAACGAUAUCAACUUUUUCGGCCGGAUUCACACACAUAUUCGCCCUCAGACCCUUCGCACGCCUUGUAUCUCUUUCAACUACGCACACAAGAAUCUUCCAGGAUUCGUCAUUGAGAUUUCGCAUGGUCACAUGGAUCUCAGACGAGCAGCGCAUGAUUAUAUAGCUCGCAGGAAGGUGUUUCGUUUCCGUGUCAAGGACAAGAACCUGGCGGUUAUAGACGCCGGCACUCGUGUCAAGUUCCGAGAUGCUAAUGGUGUCAUCUCGCCAAACGCCAAAAUCCCGUUCUCUGUAGCCGACUUUGUAGCCGAUUCUGCGCAGCCAGAUACAGUCGAUCUUCAUACUCUACAGCUGGACGUUACGCACCAAGAGCUUCACGACAUCUUCUCAGACGCAGAAAAUUGUUCACGCAUCGUAGACGAGUAUAGCGACAAGAUGCGUUCUGAAAGGAGGCUGGAGUAUAAAUCCUCGGAACUGAGCGAUGCGGAUAGUGAUUCCAACACUUCUGAUUCUAAGGAUGUCGGCACCGAUGGGAACAACAAGGACCAGGGCGAUUCUGAUAUCCUCAGCCAUGUCGAUGAGAAUCUCAGCGAGCAUGGCAGCCCCAGCGCCACGAUUGCCACUUCACCGCCCCCUGCACGUGGCUCACCCCCUCUCAAGAAGCGGAGGCGCGAUGGUCCUGGCAACAUACAGAUUGGCGAGAUCAGAAAGAGCUGA